GUUAGCAAUGUGAACCAAUACACCACCAAUGACUUGAUGCAGAGACAAACUGAUUAGAAGGUGGACGUGUGGUUACUGAAAGUGAAAGAAUUGAUUGGUGAAUUGUUGGAUGAUGUAUGCGAGCAUGUGCAAAUCAGUGGGCUGAUGGAAAGAUGAAUAUGUAUAUGUGACUCAGUGGGUGGGUUUUCUGUCAGAUUCAGGUGCUCCUGCACAAAUUGGGCUGUUACAUGUCACAGUUAAGAGAUCUCAUUUUCAUUCCUGAAGCCUGUCAUGUCCCAUCUGGCCCGAAAAUGGCCACAAAAAUUAUUCAUUUUAUCGUUAACGGGAAAGUGGAGCGAGCAGAGUUUGGAGCAGACUGCACGGCUGAAGAUGUUAAAGACCUGUUCUGUGCAGCAGCAGAGGCCUCUCCUCAUCACAUCCUGAAGCUCUACAAAUCAAAUGGCAGCGUGGUGAAUAUCUCGCCCAUGCUGGAGUCCAACAGCCAGGACUCAUACUACCAGCUGGAGGUGGUGGCAUCUGAGCUUCAGAGCAUUGCUAUAACGACUGAUGUGGGCAACAUGGAGCAGAGGUUAGUCCGUUCUCAGCGGUUAAUGAACCCAAGCAUGAAAGUCAGCGAGAGUCUCAUUUCAUUUGGUGUGUGUGGCCUCAGGCUGUGUCACCUGGAGACCAAAGUCCAGGAAGAGGCAGGCAAAACUCCAGAAAUCAUCAGCGACCUCAAGAGUCAGGUGGACUCUUUCAAGCGAAAGCUUGAGAGCAUCAAGCACCUGAGCUGGAUGGGUCUCUUCAGGGAUGAGUGCCCCCAACAGUUUUCCAAGUUCCCACUGAAAGCCAAAGUGCCUCAGGUGAACAAGGACGAGGAGCACCGGGAGGUUCGCAGGAGGUUCCUCAACAUGAGCUCGCUGCAGGUGAUAGAAGAAGUGAGAGAGCAUCUGAAAACUCCCACUUUUGACAAUUGGCAGUGGGAGGAGCCAGAGAUGCUGGUCCUCCUCCAAGUGAUGUUCACCGACCUGGACCUCCUGACGGUGUUCCACUUUGAGGUGGACAUCCUCCAGAACUUCCUGUUUGAGGUCUACUGCCACUACAACAACAUUCCCUUCCAUAACUUCCAGCACUGCUUCUGCGUCACGCAGAUGAUGUACGGGCUCAUUUGGCUAACAGACCUCAGGAACAAGCUGGAUCCGAUGGACCUUCUGAUCAUGCUGACCUCUGCUCUGUGCCAUGACCUCGACCAUCCCGGCUAUAGCAACGUCUAUCAGAUCAACGCCCAGACCAAACUGGCCCUUCGUUACAAUGACAUCUCCCCGUUGGAGAACCACCACUGUGCAGUCGCCUUUGGCAUCCUGGCCAAGGAGGAAUCCAACAUCCUCAAACAUGUGACCACAGAACAGUACAAACACAUUCGAGCAGGAAUGAUCAAGUGCAUUCUGGCCACCGACAUGGCGAGACACAAUGAAAUCCUCAACAACUUCAAGAGCAUCCAGUCCGUGUUUGACUUCAGAAACAGGGAUCACACGGAAGUGCUGAUGAAGAUCAUGCUGAAGGUGAGCGACAUUUCCAACGAGGCCAGGCCAAUGGCGGUGGCCGAGCCCUGGCUGGUCUGUCUCCUGCAGGAGUUCUUCAACCAGGGCGACACAGAAAAACUCAAAGGGCUUCCAGUGACUCCAUUUAUGGACCGCGACAAAGUAUCCAAGCCGUCCUCACAGACCAGUUUCAUUCGUUUUCUCCUGUUGCCGCUCUUCACAGAGCUCACUAAGCUCUUCCCCUGUCUGGAGAAACAUAUUCUGGAGCCAGUGAGGCGAGCCUUGGAGUACUACUCGGACUUGGAGAGAGCCACCCAGAAGGAGGCGGCGGCCAGCAAACCCUGAUGAGCAAGACAUCACAAUUAUGUUUUAGCAAACGUGUGACCGUAGCUCAUGUUUACAUAAUCACACAACCCAAGUGCUUAGCAUAUUCAACUCAACAUUUUAUUUUCUGGAACUGCAUUACAUGUUCGAACCAAAGUGCAAAUGUCUGAUAAACCGUUUAAAUUAAUUCAGGUGUCUCCAACUAAACACAUGAAAUCAUAUAAAUACACAUACAUUACAUAAAUUCUUUUGUCAUUUCAAAACCAGAUGUUUCAAUCAACAUUUACAAAUGAGGAAUUCAGUGUGCCAGAAGGGAGCAGCUGACUCAUGUUAGGUUCUUUCUCACCACAACAAAAGCAUGACACAGGACUUUAAAAAUGCCCUCUGUUAACUCCUGGCAAACUGUUCUGUUCCCUUUGUUUUUAACCUUCACACCAAUGAAAUCCUACAGUUGAUAGCUUAGGAAAGCGGCACGCGUGCAGUUUUUGGGUGUCCAGUGUACUUUGUGACAAGUAUUAAAAUAAUCAGUUAAAACAAGUAUAAUGAUCAGUUAAGAGUCUCUCUAACCAACAAUUCCUUUGAGCCUUAAAAAGACACGUGCACAGAUAAAGUGGUACCCUAACUUACGAGUGAUUCGUGAUUGAGCUCGUAACUCAGUUUACUUGUACACUGGUGCCUUUACAUACGAGUUUAGUAAUUCACUGCGACUCGUUCGGGUAUGUGUCGCAAAGAAUUAAGAAGAUAUGCCUGUCUUCUAUUGUCUUUUUAUGUGUUGCUGCACUGUUUGUGUUCAAACAACCGUUGCUUGAAGCGUUAUAACGCAACAACAUAAAUGUUAUUUGUGAGCCCGUC